CUGCAGUGGAGCUUACCACUGCGCUUGCCCUCCCUUUCCUUUUGUUUUUUCCUCUCCUCCUGUCACUGCCACCCCAGAGGAAGAGAGCGAGAGUCCAUUGCUUGCACGCUCCUUUUUGCACUAACCUGCUCAAGCGAUUCCUCUCCUAAUGCCUUUGAGAAACUCUCCAGCGCUCUGACUGAGCCUGUGAGUGCUGGCUUUAAAUCAUCAUCUCCUAUGGAUUACAACAGCUGGAUGAGAAGAUAAAGGCUUUUCUCUCCUCUUUCCUUUCUCAUUCCUUCCUUUUCACUUUUCCUCCUGAAACCAGAGUCGUUCCCAGCCAGCGGGCACGAUGCUGGUGGGAGCCCUGCGCGGCCUCCUGCUCCUCUGCCUGGUUGAGGAGGGCAUCAGCAAAGUCAGAAGAUACUACAUUGGUGCAGUGGAAACCGCCUGGGACUACACGCACAGCGACCUGCUCUCCGUGCUGCAAGCGCCUGCAAGCAUGUUGGGGCACCCAGACCCACGGCCCCCCAUGCCUGGUGUCCCUCCCUGGUACAGGAAGGCCGUGUUUGUGGAGUACCCUGAUGCCUUGUUCACACAGCCCAAGCCCAAGCCAGCGUGGAUGGGUCUCUUGGGCCCCACCAUCCGAGCAGAAGUCUAUGACACAGUGGUCAUCACGUUUAAGAACCUGGCCUCCCGCCCAUACAACCUCCACGCCAUUGGGGUGUCCUACUGGAAGGCAUCAGAGGGUGCAGGGUACGAGGAUGAGACCAGCCAGCCAGAGAAGGAGGGUGACAGGGUGGAUCCAGGGAAGACACACACGUACAUCUGGGAAAUCCAGCAAAACCAGGGCCCAACGGAUGGCGACUCACCAUGCCUGACCCACUCCUACUCCUCCAACACUGACAGUGUGAAGGACAUCAACUCCGGUUUGAUUGGAGCCCUGCUCGUGUGCCGACCUGGGACCCUGGCAAGCGAUGGGAACGAGGACACGCAGCAAGAGUUUGUGAUGCUCUUCGCAGUGUUUGAUGAAGGGAAAAGCUGGUACUCUGAGUCUGGCUCCCCAGCAGCUCCUCAGCCCCUGUCUCACAACAGGACGGAGCUGCACACCAUCAAUGGCUACAUCAAUGGCUCACUGCCUGGUCUCACACUCUGCCUCAAGAAGCAGGUCCAAUGGCACGUGAUUGGAUUGGGCACUGGGCCAGAAGUCCACUCCGUCUUCUUCGAAGCCCACACGUUCCUGGUGAGAAGCCACCGUCUCAGCAGCCUAGAAAUCUCCCCUGCCACGUAUCUCACAGCCCAGACCAUGCCAGGAACAGCUGGCUGGUUUCGGCUGUUCUGCCAGAUACUGUCCCAUCAGCAAGCUGGCAUGGAGGCCAUUGUGAAGGUGGAAGAGUGCCUGGAGGAGCGCCUGAUGAAGAUGGGGAAGCUGUCAGAUGAGCCAGAGGACAUGGAUUACCCUGAAGAAGAUGAGGAAACUUAUCAUGCUAUCCAAGUGCGCUCUUUUGCCAAAGAGAAACCUGUGACCUGGACUCACUACAUUGCGGCUGAGGAAAUGGACUGGGACUAUGCCCCUGUGAAGCCCGUGUCUCUGGAUAGAAACAUCACGAGCCUGUUCCUGGAGGCUGGCCCUCAGCGGAUUGGUUCACAGUAUAAGAAAGUGAUGUUUGUGGAGUACGAGGAUGCAACCUUCAAGAAGCGCAAGGUGUCAGAUCAACUGGACAAGGGAAUUCUGGGGCCUGUCAUUAAGGGGGAGGUUGGAGAUCAGUUUAAGAUCGUGUUCAGGAACCUGGCAAGCCGACCAUACAACAUCUACCCUCACGGCCUCACCAGCGUAAGGCCAUACCAUGCCAUGAAGCCCUCUCAAGAUAAGGACGUGAAGGACAUUCCUAUACCCCCUGGCCAGUCAUUCACCUACAGUUGGAGGGUCACCACUGAGGAUGGGCCAACUCAGGCAGAUCCUCGCUGCCUCACCCGUUUCUACUACAGCUCCAUCGACCCGGUCCGAGAUACGGCCUCAGGCCUGAUUGGGCCCCUCCUGAUCUGCUUUAAGAAGUCCAUGGAUCAGAGGGGAAAUCAGAUAAUGUCAGACAAGACAAGGUUGGUGCUGUUUUCGGUCUUUGAUGAGAACCGCAGCUGGUACCUGGAGGAGAACAUCAGGCGGUUCUGCACUGAUGCAGCCCGUGUGGAUACGCAGGACCCCCAGUUUUAUGCUUCUAACGUGAUGCACACUAUUAACGGCUUUGUGUUUGACAACCUCCAACCAAAACUCUGCCUGCAUGAAGUUGUGUACUGGUAUGUCCUGAGUGUUGGGGCCCAAACAGAUUUCCUCUCCAUCUUCUUCUCUGGAAACACAUUCAAGCGCAACAUGGUCUUUGAGGAUGUGCUUACACUUUUCCCAUUUUCUGGAGAAACAGUCUUCAUGAGUUUGGAAAAGCCAGGCGUCUGGACGCUGGGGUGCCUGAAUCCUGAUUUCAGAGACCGAGGGAUGCACGCCAAGUUCACAGUCUUGCAGUGCCAGCAUGAGCAAUACCCUGAUGGGGAAGAUUAUGUGGAUUUCGAGGAGGAAGAGGGUGCCUUUGAAUUCCAACCCAGGGGAUUCUCUAAAAGAAAGAGAUGGCGCAGGCCAUGUGUGAAUGAGCAACUGAACAACGUCACCUCUUCCAGAAAUGAGACAGAGAAGCCAAAAUUGUGCUUGACAGAACCCAGCCAUGGGGCUCUCCUGAGCAAUGGCAGGAUUUCUGAUCCCCCUUCCGAUGGCACAUCAACACUUUUAGGAACAAUCCCACAUCCACCUGAUAUUACCAUGUCUUCUCUGCCAGAGACAAACUAUGAGCUAGUGCCCUAUGAAUCCUUCUUGGAAGAUGAAGAAGAAUUGUCAAAAACCAUCAGCCAGGAUGAAGGGUUUGGAGCUCUCUCACCUGGAGAACACUUGGCGAGUGUCACUGGAAGGGUCCAUGGUACUGAGAGCUCAGAAGGUCAGCAAUGGCUGCACCAAGCCACACCAGCUCCAGAAGAUGCUCUGGCAGGAAAGAAGGUGACAAAAAUCUCAGAGGUGAAGGAGCCAAUAAAAAGGACAAUGUCUGGUGGUACAUUAGAGAUCCUGGAAGCAGAGCCUCAAAAGACAACUACUGAUGCAACAAGCUUGUGGGACGCAAUUGCUUAUGCUGCUAGCAAAGCUCCUCUUCAAGAGAACAGGAGCUCAUUUCACCAGAAUGACCUGGAGUGCAAUCUGGGACUUCAAGACACGUCUUCACAGGGUGCUGAGGACACGUUGCUAAGAGGGGCUGAUAAAAUAUCCGUAAAUCUAUACAAGUCAAAGGAGACAAUCAAUACAGAACCAGCUUUAAGUACUGAUCAUAACUGUUCCUCCACACUGGACAAUCCUUCUGCAUCUUCAGAUGAGACAGAAGACAACAAGACUUCUCAUGCUGUCGUUCACAGUCACACCAGAGAAAGCAAUUAUUCAUCAAAUGAGCUAGAUGUUAGGCUGGAAAAAAGACCUCACAAAGUCGUUUCACAAGGCUUUUAUGAAUCUUUUGAAGGUAAAAAUGUUUCUUUCUCAGACCUGGGACCCAGCAAACUUGCACAAGAGCAAAUCCUCACAGAUGAGAGUAACUUCUUGCCUGCAAAAAGCGGCACAGAACAAGAAGCCAGUGAACUUGCCAAAGGCACAAGCCUUCUAGAAACCACCUUUGCACACACCAAUGACCUUGAACCUUCCAGCUAUAUAAUGAUGGAAGAGAGGGAUGAAUUAAUCUUGGAAGCAGUAUUUCAGGAUGCUACAGCCACUAAGGAAUUGCCAGAGAUGGACAGUCUUGCCUUUCCUGAAUCAAAUGUUGUAGCCAAUGACACAAGGCAGUUCCCAAAUGCUUUCUUAAACAGCCCUGAGCAGUUUCUGAGACACAGAGCUCCAGCUCCAAGUGUGAGUGGCCCCAGCUGGAGGCCUCGACAAGCCAGGUCACCGGAGAGCAGAGGCUUGAUGCAUGGCCUGGGUCUUCCCAACACCAGCUGGCCUGGCAGCAGGGAGCCCCUCUCUCAGGGUAACAGAGCAGAGCAGGAUCUGGCCAGCCAGACCCCUGAGACAGCAGUGAAUAAGAAAGCCCCAAAGGUGUGUGGACCUUAUUCCCCUUUUUGCAGUGCUCGCUUCAAAAAGAGGCCCCUGACAUCAAGCGAUACUUUGCCUGAGGUGAUGGUGGCCCAGCAAAGCCUGGAAGAAAAAUCAAAUGUGGUGGAGGGGAGACUACAGCUGGGCAGGAAUGCUCCACAGGCUCUGCUUGCAGAUAGUGCAGAUGAGAUGCAUCCUGAGGGGAGGCCGAGCACAGAUAGGGGUGUACAGAAGAGCAGUGAAGGGGCCCAGCGCAGUGGACGCUCCUUUGCCACACGGAGAGCACUGGGGAGCGAGAAGGCAAUGGCAGCAAGUAGCUCAGAAAUGCAGGCUGCUGCUGUGGCUGCAGACCCGGCCUCAAACUGGGACCUGGUCUCCCUGGGGGCAGCAGGACACGCUGGGGGCUUGCGGAGCCCAGCUUUGGCCGAGCUGCAGCCUGGCAGAGGUGCUGUCUGGGGUGCUCCCGGGAGCAAGCAAGCUCAGGGAAGAAGCCAGAUGGAGGAGGAGACAAAUUCUGUGGAGCAGUUGGGUCAGUUCAGUCCUCAGUCUCAGCAUCUUAAGGUCAAUGCCACAGAGGACUACAUGCCUGAGAGCAUGUCUGGGCAAAGCCCAGAAGAAAUCCCUAUGAAACCAUCCUCCAAAGAGAACUAUUCCCUGUCUCCAAGCAGCCCCGCUAGCAACCACAGCACUAGCAAAAACACAGCCAAAUAUAUGCAAGCCAGUCCGGAUAGAUGGCAGGUGCUUGGUGGGGAAGAUGUCCUCAGAGAAACCAGGAAGAGAGAGGGCCAGGGCCCAGGAGAGCCCAAGGAGUAUGGGGAAAGCAACAGCACAGCUGGGAAGAGGAACCAUGCCCCAGGACAUAGGGAGAGACCAGCUCUGAACAACAGGACCCAUUCCAGCCCCUCAACGCCAAAGGCUGACAAGCCAGACUACGACGAGUAUGGUAACACAGAGCAGACCAUGGAGGAUUUCGACAUCUACGGGGAAGAGGAGCAUGACCCACGCUCCUUCCAGGGGGAGGUACGGCAGUACUUCAUUGCAGCAGUGGAGGUGAUGUGGGAAUACGGGAACCAGAGACCCCAGCACUUCCUAAAAGCCAUCAGGGACCCCUGGAGCGGCAGGAGGAAGCCUUUCCGGCAGUACCGCAAGGUGGUUUUCCGAGAGUACGUGGAUGAUUCCUUCACGCAGCCACUGCUGCGGGGAGAGCUGGACGAGCACUUGGGCAUCCUCGGGCCAUACAUCAGGGCAGAAGUUGAAGAUGUCAUCAUGGUUACAUUCAAGAACCUGGCCUCGCGGCCCUUCUCCUUCCACUCCACGCUGCAAGCCUACGAGGAGACGCAGGGCGCAAUGCAGGGUGGAGAGGUGGUGCAGCCCGGCGAGCUCAGGAAGUACUCCUGGAAAGUCCUGCCCCAGAUGGCACCCACCACACAGGAGUUCGACUGCAAGGCCUGGGCUUACUUCUCCAACAUGGACCUGGAGAAGGACCUGCACUCGGGCCUCAUUGGGCCACUGAUCAUCUGCCGCCGUGGGGUGCUGAGCUUCAUUUUCAGGCGGCAGUUGGCUGUGCAGGAGUUCUCCCUGCUCUUCACCAUCUUUGAUGAGACCAAAAGCUGGUACUUCCUGGAGAACAUGGAGAGGAACUGCCGCCCUCCCUGCCGCAUCCAGCAGGACAACCCUGACUUUAAGAGAAACCAUUCCUUCCACGCUGUCAACGGUUACAUGAGUGACACACUGCCCGGACUGGUGAUGGCUCAGCAGCAACGGGUCCGAUGGCACCUCCUGAACAUGGGCAGCACUAAGGAUAUCCAUUCCAUCCACUUUCACGGGCAGCUGUUCAGUGUCAGGACUAGCCAGGAGUAUCGCAUGGGCGUCUACAACCUUUAUCCCGGUGUCUUCGGGACGGUGGAGAUGUGGCCCUCACAUGCUGGGAUCUGGCGGGUAGAGUGCAAAGUGGGAGAGCACCAGCAAGCCGGGAUGACUGCUCUCUUCCUUGUGUACAACCUGAACUGCCGAAACACCCUCGGCCUGGCCUCGGGUCACAUUGCAGACUCUCAGAUCACAGCGUCGGGGCAGUAUGGGCAGUGGGCUCCUUACCUGGCCAGGCUGGAUAACACCGGCUCCAUCAAUGCUUGGAGCACUGACCGUAGCAACACCUGGAUCCAGGUGGACCUUUUGCAUCUCAUGAUUAUUCACGGCAUAAAAACCCAAGGGGCCCGACAAAAGUUCUCCAGCCUUUACAUCUCCCAGUUUGUUGUCUUCUACAGCCUUGAUGGGCAAAGGUGGAGGAAAUACAAGGGGAAUGCCACCAGCACCCAGAUGCUGUUCUUUGCAAAUGUGGAUGCAACCGGAGUGAAAGAAAAUCGCUUCAACCCUCCGAUCAUAGCCCGGUACAUCCGCAUUAACCCCACUCACUACAGCAUCCGGACCACGCUGCGCAUGGAGCUCAUUGGCUGUGACCUGAACAGCUGCUCCAUGCCCCUAGGAAUGGAGAACAGAGGGAUCCCUGACCAGCGCAUCUCCGCAUCCUCCUACAGCACCAAUGUCUUCUCCAGCUGGUCACCCUCCCAGGCUCGCCUGAACCUGCAGGGAAGGACCAACGCAUGGAGGCCAAAGAGCAACAGCCCCAGCGAGUGGUUGCAGGUGGACUUUGAAGUAACCAAGAAGGUGACUGCAAUCAUAACCCAAGGUGCCAAAGCUGUCUUCACCCACAUGUUUGUGAAGGAGUUUGCUGUCUCCAGCAGCCAGAACGGCGUGCACUGGAGCCCGGUCCUGCAGGAUGGCAAGGAGAAGAUUUUCAAGGCAAACCAAGACCACACCAGCACAGUGAUGAACACCCUGGAGCCCCCCCUCUUUGCCCACUAUGUGAGGAUACACCCCCGCCAGUGGCACAACCACAUUGCCCUGCGAAUAGAGUUCCUCGGCUGUGACACUCAGCAGGAGUACUGACGGCUGCGGGGCCAGGCAUAGGCAGCACCGGUCCAAGGACCCGCAUCCAGCCGGACACUGAACUCUCACCAGGGCCGGAGCCAGCCCUCCAGGGCCCUGGCCACCCCUGCUGCCGGGGAGGAGAAGGCCUGCAGAGCUGUCAUGGUGGCUGGCUCGUUAUCAGCCUCUUCCUUUCCCUCAUCUACCAGAUGCCAUAUAGUCAGACAUAAUGCUGAAGAAUUAAACAGUAAUUUUCCAGUGUAAUGCUGAAGAAUUAAACAGUAAUUUUCCAG